AUGAUGGCUAGCUAUCCCGAGCCCGAGGACGCCGCGGGGGCCCUGCUGGCCCCGGAGACCGGCCGCGCAGCCAAGGAGCCCGAGGCGCCGCCGCCGCCGAGCCCGAGCAAGGGUGGCGGCGGCGGCGCCGGGACAGCCCCGGAGAAACCGGACCCGGCGCAGAAGCCCCCAUACUCGUACGUGGCGCUCAUCGCCAUGGCGAUCCGUGAGAGCGCAGAGAAGAGGCUCACGCUGUCCGGCAUCUACCAGUACAUUAUCGCCAAGUUCCCGUUCUACGAGAAGAACAAGAAGGGCUGGCAGAAUAGCAUCCGCCACAACCUCAGCCUCAACGAGUGCUUCAUCAAGGUGCCGCGCGAGGGCGGCGGCGAGCGCAAGGGCAACUACUGGACGCUGGACCCUGCCUGCGAGGACAUGUUCGAGAAGGGCAACUACCGGCGCCGCCGCCGCAUGAAACGACCCUUCAGGCCGCCGCCCGCGCACUUCCAGCCGGGCAAGGGGCUCUUUGGGGCCGGAGGUGCCGCGGGUGGCUGCGGCGUGGCAGGCGCGGGGACCGACGGCUACGGCUACCUGGCGCCCCCCAAGUACCUGCAGUCCGGCUUCCUCAACAACUCGUGGCCGCUACCGCAGCCGCCCUCGCCCAUGCCCUACGCCUCGUGCCAGAUGGCGGCGGCCGCUGCGGCGGCGGCCGCAGCAGCGGCGGCCGCAGGCCCGGGCAGCCCAGGCGCGGCCGCUGUGGUCAAGGGGCUGGCGGGCCCGGCUGCCUCGUACGGGCCGUACUCACGCGUGCAGAGCAUGGCGCUGCCUCCCGGCGUAGUGAACUCGUACAACGGCCUGGGAGGCCCGCCCGCCGCGCCCCCGCCGCCGCCGCCUCACCCCCACUCACACCCGCACGCACACCAUCUCCACGCGGCCGCCGCACCCCCGCCGGCCCCGCCGCACCACGGGGCCGCCGCACCGCCCCCCGGCCAGCUCAGCCCCGCCAGCCCGGCUACUGCCGCGCCCCCGGCGCCCGCGCCCACCAACGCACCCGGCCUGCAGUUCGCCUGCGCCCGGCAGCCCGAGCUCGCCAUGAUGCAUUGCUCUUACUGGGACCACGACAGCAAGACCGGCGCGCUGCACUCGCGCCUCGAUCUCUGAAAGGCCAGGGCCCGCCGGCUGCGAGGAUGCAGGAACGCGCGACGCCGGCCUUGGACGCA